AUGGCGCUGGUCAGUUGGAAGUCUGCGCGCGUGACGCGCGCUGACCUGGCUCUGUUGGACUCGGGCAACUGGUUGAAUGAUGCCGUGAUCGGCUUCUGGACAGAAUACCUGAGCACCGCUCCAGCUCCGGACGGUUUGGGCAAUCCGGACGUCCUCAUCGUGGACGCUGCUUCGGGCAACUGGAUGGCCACAGAAGAGGACGAAGAGGACGUGCUAGAGGCGCUGACGAACUUGGAGGCGGCGAGUAAGAAAGUGGUCCUCGUACCCAUCAGCGAUCGGACGGACAGAGGAGAGAGCCUGUAUCAAGGCACUCACUGGGCGCUUCUUGCCUUGUCCCGUGAUGGGGAGGACAUCCAUGGCGCCUACUACGACUCCAUGGGCAGCAGCAACCUCGGUCAAGCCGGUGUGCUGGCCAAGCGGAUUUCCCUGGGUAUGGGUGGAAGGUUUCGCGGACUGCGCCAGCGAGAAGCCGGUAAGCAAGGAAAUGCUUGCGACUGUGGAGUCUUUUCCUUGCUGUUUGCGGAAGCCUUGGCGCGUGGGCAAGAUCCGGCCGACGUGUCCCAGGGCCAAGCUACGGCCAUGCGAAGUCGAAUGCGCGAAACGAUUCUGAAGUUGGCUCAGCGCAAGUGA